UUUCUGAAACAUCUUUCACGCAUUUUCAUUAUGCGCGGAUUUUCCUUUUCCCUUUUUCUUUGAUCACUUCCCAUUCUUCUUUUGGAUCUGUGACUACGACUCUUUCUUCCUUGUUCUUACGUGCUCAAACAUCAGAUUCUUCCCCAAAUAUGGCAAAAAUGUCGCUCUUCCAUCUCUGCAACUCCGAUUCUUGAAAUCCUCCCUGUUCAGCGUUCCUCUUUUAUUAUUUUCUAUUUCUGGCUCGAUUCCUUCAAUUGUUCACUCAUUAGUUCGGCCUCUUACUGUUUCUUUUCACCAAACUAGAAAUUUCUCUGACUGGAACUGUUUUAUCUGAACUUUUUUCAUGUUUCUCUCUCAAUUUUCUCAGUGUUUCCCUAUCAUAAAGCAAGGCUAUAGCUAGUUAUAGGGAUUGAAAUGGCGAAGGAGAAAAUCCAGAUCAGGAAGAUCGACAACGCCACCGCGAGGCAGGUCACUUUCUCCAAGCGCCGGAGGGGACUUUUCAAGAAAGCUAAAGAGCUUUCCAUUUUAUGCGAUGCCGAUGUUGCCCUUAUUAUCUUCUCCGCCACUGGAAAGCUGUUUGAGUAUUCCAGCUCAAGCAUGAAGGGAAUUAUAGAUAGACAUAAUUUGCACUCUAAGAACCUUCAGAAAUUGGAACAACCAUCCCUUGAACUACAGCUGGUUGAAAACAGCAAUUACACCCGAUUAAACAAGGAAAUUGCUGAGAAAACUCAUCAGCUAAGGCAGAUGAGGGGAGAAGAACUCCAAACAUUGAAUAUAGAAGAAUUGCAACAGCUAGAGAAGUCACUGGAGUCAGGAUUGAGCCGUGUGAUGGAGAAAAAGGGUGAACAGAUCAUGAAAGAGAUCACUGACCUUCAAAGAAAGUCGGCCGAGUUGAUGGAUGAGAAUAAGCGACUGAAACAACAAGCGGAGAAAAUGAACGGGGUGAGGCACCUGGGCGUCGAGCCCGAGAUUUUGGUCGUGGAAGAUGGCCAGUCGUCGAACUCCGUCACUGAUGCGUGUGUCUCCAACUCCAAUGGCCCCCCUCAAGAUCUGGAAAGCUCAGACACAUCUCUGAAACUAGGGCUGCCGUAUUCCGGGUGAUGGUGAUGGAACAAGAAGAUGAACAGGUACUGUAGAGCUAGAAAAAAAGGUAGUGUGUAAAAAUAAUUAUACCCUAAAAUUCGGGUUAGUUGAGUAAUUGGAAUCUAAAUCUAACCCCAUCUCAUCUUGAUUUUCCAAUUCACAUGACUCCGUUGAAAUCUGAAAAAGGGUUGCAUUUUUAUGAAUUCAAUGCACCGUUUUAACCAAUCAAA